AUGAGAAACGCGCCCCGGUAUCAGCUGAAGCAGAUCACCUGGCUGAGUACUGUAGGGUUGUUGAUGGUGAUCUUUGGGGAUUGUCUGAGGAAAGCGGCCAUGCUCACAGCUGGCUCCAACUUCAACCAUAUUGUUCAGAAUGAGAAAUCGGAUACUCAUACUUUGGUGACAAGUGGGGUGUAUGGGUGGUUCCGGCACCCGUCUUACGUGGGAUGGUUUUACUGGAGUAUUGGAACACAGGUGUUACUCUGCAAUCCCAUCUGCGUGGUGGGCUACGCGCUGGCGUCCUGGCGCUUCUUCAGGGAGCGGAUCGAGGAGGAGGAGAUCACACUCAUUCACUUCUUUGGAGAGGAGUACCUGGAGUACAAAAGGAAGGUGCCAUCGGGUCUCCCUUUUAUUAAAGGAGUCAAAGUGGAACUGUAAUGCAGGCGAAAACCGGACUGGCUGAGCGAACACCCAGCUGCAGGCGCUGUGGGGCGAGGGAUGGUGCCGGGAGUAGCCCGUUGGUAUUUCCUGGCCGCCCAGGAGGAGCUGGCGAAGGGCUGCGGAGCUGGGUGGCCUGCCGGGUCACUAGCAGAUAAGAAGCUUGUUCGUCCUCCUCGAGAUAAGUCUUUCAUUGCACAUUCAGGGAUCUUCCAGAUAACUUAGCCUGUAGUGACCCUAAAGAGAAUCGAACCCUCUUGCCUGCAACAGCUGAAUUGUACUGAAACGCCUCCGCACCGAUUCUUCUGGAGAAGAGCUCUGCCCCCGUGCAGGACGGCACCGGUCAGCGGGUUGUUCCUAUGGCGUAACUCGAUUUUAAAGCUUUUUGACCUUGCAAGCCAGGCAGCGCGGCUUUAAUCUCUUCAGGCCCGAUUCUGCAAGCUGGCGCUCGGGCAGCUCACAGGAGCAGGCCCCCAGCUCUCUGCUCUUCAGGUGCAGGGCUGCCUACCCUCUGCUUGCCGGAGAGCCGGCAGCGCGGUACCAGUCGGUUCUCUCCCAGGCGUUAACGUUCACAGGGAGCCUUUCCCGCUCGCCUCAUGCCGCUGGAUUGCGAGCGCCUCUGUGAAACGUGGCAGGAGAGCGAGCCUCCUCCCUCCCCCCUCGGCUGCUGCCACGAGUUCGGGAGUCACCGUUUCAGCUGCCGCCUUCUCGAGCCUCCCCACCGCCACCUCUGUUCCCUCUUCCUGCUUCCAAAUCAUGCUGCUUCCUAUCCUACCAGGCCGCCUCCGUCCUGCAGAGAUCCCAGGAUUUUGCGUUGGGAAAGAACCGCGGCUGCCGGGCUUGCCGAGGGCUUUAGCGCUCGAGAUCCUUGCCUGCUUUUUUGGGUGAAACCUGGGAUGUUGGCGUGACUAGGAGAUGCUUUUAGGGAAAUUCUCCAAACGGGGAAAAAAGUUUGGCUAGCUAACGCUAUUUUAAACGUUACCAUUUUGGAAAUGGUUCCUACUCGAGCUUUGUGGUAUAACUUAUUCUGUUGUUAUAUACCAAAGAGGUUCACUG